UCUCUUCUCAUUAAAAUGAGCCUGGAACUAACCCUGAAUCUGAAGCAAAGAGGAUCAUCUCAGGAUUCUCAUUCAUUGAUCAACAAGGAAAGCACAUCCCUUAUGAUGGGUUUAGGGGUGAUUCUUUUUCUUGUUGCUCUUUUGAAAGGUGUCCAGUGUGAGGUGAAACUUGUCGAGUCUGGAGGUGGCCUGGUGCAACCUGGAAGAUCCUUGAAACUCUCCUGUGCAGCCUCUGGAUUCAAUUUUAAUGAUUACUGGAUGGGCUGGGUCCGGCAGGCUCCAGGGAAGGGGCUAGAAUGGAUUGGAGAAAUUAAUAAGGAUAGCAGUACAAUAAACUAUACUCCAUCCUUGAAGGAUAAAUUCACCAUCUCCAGAGACAAUGCCCAAAACACUCUGUACCUGCAAAUGAGCAAACUGGGAUCUGAGGACACAGCCAUUUAUUACUGUGCAAGAGCCACAGUGAGGAGAACACAGCAUGUGCCCAGACAAAAACAUAAUUGUGUCCACUCUAGGGUGUACCUCCAGCAGUCUGGGGCUGGGGUAAUGAGGCCUUGGACCUCAGUGAAAGUGUCCUGCAUGGCUUCUGGCUAUGACUUCACUAUGAAAUAUAUAAAUUUGUUGAAGCAUAAGCCUGGUGAGAAGCUGGAGUGGAUUGAAAGUAUUGAUCCUGGAAGUAGUGAUGCUGAGUAUUCUCGGAAGUUGAAGGGCAAGGUGACACUGACUGCGGAGACAUCCUUGAUCAUAGCAUACAUGGAGCUCAAUAGACUGACAUCUUAG